AUGCCCGGGAUCGUGGUGUUCCGGCGGCGCUGGUCUGUGGGCAGCGAUGACCUUGUCCUGCCAGCCAUCUUCCUCUUCCUCCUGCAUACUACCUGGUUUGUGAUCCUGUCCGUGGUGCUCUUUGGCCUGGUCUACAACCCGCACGAGGCCUGCUCCCUGAACCUGGUGGACCACGGCCGCGGCUACCUGGGCAUCCUGCUGAGCUGCAUGAUCGCUGAGAUGGCCAUCAUCUGGCUGAGCAUGCGCGGGGGCAUCCUGUACACGGAGCCCCGCGACUCCAUGCAGUACGUGCUCUACGUGCGCCUGGCCAUCCUGGUGAUCGAGUUCAUCUACGCCAUCGUGGGCAUCGUGUGGCUCACCCAGUACUACACCUCCUGCAAUGACCUCACUGCCAAGAACGUCACCCUGGGGAUGGUUGUCUGCAACUGGGUGGUCAUCCUCAGCGUCUGCAUCACCGUCCUCUGCGUCUUCGACCCCACGGGCCGCACCUUCGUCAAGCUGAGGGCCACCAAGAGGAGGCAGCGGAACCUGAGGACCUACAACCUGCGGCACCGCUUGGAGGAGGGUCAGGCCACCAGCUGGUCCCGGCGGCUCAAAGUAUUCCUCUGUUGCACCCGGACCAAGGACUCCCAGUCAGAUGCCUACUCGGAAAUCGCCUACCUCUUCGCCGAGUUUUUCCGGGACCUGGACAUUGUGCCGUCUGACAUCAUUGCUGGCCUAGUGCUGCUCCGGCAGCGGCAGCGAGCCAAGCGCAACGCGGUGCUGGACGAGGCAAACAAUGAUAUCUUGGCCUUCCUAUCCGGGAUGCCAGUGACCAGAAACACCAAGUACCUGGACCUCAAGAACUCGCACGAGAUGCUGCGCUACAAGGAAGUCUGUUACUACAUGCUGUUCGCCCUGGCGGCCUACGGCUGGCCCAUGUACCUGAUGCGGAAGCCCGCCUGCGGCCUGUGCCAGCUGGCUCGUUCCUGCUCAUGCUGCCUGUGCCCAGCACGGCCCCGAUUCGCCCCCGGAGUCACCAUCGAGGAAGACAACUGCUGUGGCUGCAAUGCCAUCGCCAUCCGCCGCCACUUUCUGGACGAGAACAUGACGGCGGUGGACAUUGUCUACACCUCCUGCCACGACGCGGUCUAUGAAACCCCCUUCUACGUGGCAGUGGACCAUGAUAAGAAGAAGGUGGUGAUCAGUAUCAGGGGAACCCUGUCCCCGAAGGAUGCCCUGACCGACCUGACCGGCGAUGCUGAGCGUCUCCCCGUGGAGGGGCACCGAGGCACCUGGCUAGGACAUAAGGGCAUGGUGCUGUCCGCCGAGUACAUCAAAAAGAAGCUGGAGCAAGAGAUGGUCCUGUCCCAGGCCUUCGGGCGGGACCUGGGCCGCGGAACCAAACACUACGGCCUGAUUGUGGUGGGCCACUCCUUGGGUGCGGGCACAGCCGCCAUCCUCUCCUUCCUCCUGCGCCCGCAGUACCCAACCCUCAAGUGCUUCGCCUAUUCACCCCCCGGGGGCCUGCUGAGCGAGGACGCCAUGGAGUACUCUAAGGAGUUUGUGACUGCCGUGGUACUGGGCAAAGACCUCGUCCCCAGGAUCGGCCUGUCCCAGCUGGAAGGUUUUCGUCGCCAGCUCCUGGAUGUCCUACAACGCAGCACCAAGCCCAAAUGGCGGAUCAUCGUGGGGGCCACCAAGUGCAUCCCUAAGUCAGAGCUGCCCGAGGAGAUGGAGGUGACCACACUAGCCAGCACGCGGCUCUGGACCCAUCCCAGCGACCUGACCAUCGCCCUCUCGGCCAGUACCCCGCUCUACCCGCCCGGCCGCAUCAUCCACGUGGUCCACAACCACCCCGCGGAGCAGUGCUGCUGCUGUGAACAGGAGGAGCCCACAUACUUCGCCAUCUGGGGAGACAACAAGGCCUUCAAUGAGGUGAUCAUCUCUCCGGCCAUGCUGCAUGAGCACCUGCCCUAUGUGGUCAUGGAGGGGCUCAACAAGGUGCUAGAGAACUACAACAAGGGAAAAACAGCGCUGCUGUCUGCUGCCAAGGUCAUGGUGAGCCCCACCGAGGUGGACCUGACUCCUGAGCUCAUCUUCCAGCAGCAGCCGCUGCCCACAGGACCACCCCUGCCCGCCGGCCUGGCCCUGGAGCUGCCGGCCACGGACCACCGCAACAGCAGUGUCCGGCUGCUGCUGUCCACGCAGGAGCGGCUGGCGGCCGAGCUGCAGGCCCGCCGCGCGCCGCUGGCCACCAUGGAGAGCCUCUCGGACACCGAGUCCCUGUACAGCUUCGACUCGCGCCGCUCCUCGGGCUUCCGCAGCAUCCGGGGGUCGCCCAGCCUGCACGCCGUGCUGGAGCGCGACGAGGGCCACCUCUUCUACAUCGACCCCGCCAUCCCCGAGGAGAACCCGUCCCUGAGCUCCCGCACCGAGCUGCUGGCCGCCGACAGCCUGUCCAAGCACUCGCAGGACACGCAGCCCCUGGAGGCGGCGCCGGGCAGCGGCAGCGGCGCCGUCACUCCCGAGCGGGCCCCGAGCGCGGCCAAUGAGGACCAAGAGGAGGCGGGCGCGGAGGGCGUCGGGACGGCGCCCCCUGCCGGCGGGGAGCUGACCCUGCACAACGGGCGCCUGGGGGACUCGCCCAGUCCCCAGGUGCUGGAGUUCGCCGAGUUCAUCGACAGCCUCUUCAACCUGGACAGCAAGAGCAGCUCCUUCCAGGACCUCUACUGCAUGGUGGUGCCCGAGAGCCCCACCAGCGACUAUGCCGAGGGUCCCAAGUCCCCCAGCCAGCAAGAGAUCUUGCUCCGGGCCCAGUUUGAGCCCAACCUGGUGCCCAAGCCCCCGAGGCUCUUCGCGGGCUCGGCCGAUCCCUCCUCUGGCAUUUCUCUCUCUCCCUCCUUCCCGCUCAGCUCCUCCGGGGAACUCAUGGACCUGACACCCACAGGCCUCAGCAGCCAGGAGUGCCUGGCGGUAGACAAGAUCCGGACUUCAACCCCCACUGGCCACAGGGCCAGCCCCACCAAGCAGGAUGACCUGGUCAUCUCAGCACGCUAG